AUGUCCGAUUCGCGCUCAGGACCAGUCUCACUAGCACGAUACCGACCUAUCCUCUACCUCUUUACCGGUGUCGCUGCUGCUUAUGCGAUUCUCUACGUUCACAGUAACGUCAUUUCGCAGCCAUCAUCAACUUCACUCCGUCGUCGAAAUGCUGUGCGCCGCGCGAGACCAACCGAACCUGAAGAACCCGGGAUCGCUGAUACUCCGUCCUAUCGAGCUAUUACCCACCUUGAACAACUAGAGCGUCAGAAUGGUGUAUAUGGGACAUUUCGCAUUGAGACAGAGGAUGGGCGACGCGUGGAGAGCGGUCUUCUUCCAUCGCUCCUCGCAACACGCGACCAGCUGAUGGAAGAAGUUGGUGUCCCACCUGCUCAUGCAGAGCGCAUGCGCGAGAUGAUGGAAGAUACGUUUCUCGAAUCCUUCCUUGCGCUUGAUUUCCCCUCUGCGCACAUUCUCCCAGAAAACACCCCAGAGAGAACAUACUUGACGGAACAACUUCAACACCGAGGUAUCUCCCGAGCUGGUAUCGAAAGAGCUCUUGUCCGGUUCAACGGAGAUGUGAAUUACGGAGAGGAGCUGCGCCGGCGACGACAGAAUGGUGAACGUGUCACUCUCUCAACCUCCACUUUCCCAGACGUGACUGCGCCCCCACAAAAUCUUGACGGCGGUGAGACGGUGGUGGAUGACCAAAGUGUCUUUUCAUGGCGUGAUGGAAACAACGAUCCUUCCAAUAGGGAAGGUCAAAACUUGCUCAACCUACUUUACCACAUCGCUGAGGAUCAGGCGCGCAGGGACGGCUAUAUCCAUCGUGGAGUUACUUGCAACAGCUGCGGUGCCAUGCCGAUUCAGGGUAUCAGAUACCGAUGUGCCAACUGCAUCGACUACGAUCUGUGUGAGACGUGCGAGGCAAUGCAGGUCCACAUCAAGACACAUUUGUUCUACAAAGUGCGGAUCCCAGCGCCAUUCUUAGGAAGUCCUCGUCAAUCUCAGCCCGUGUGGUAUCCUGGGAAGCCUUCAAUGCUCCCGCGCAACCUUCCACGCCCUCUCGCCAAGCGUCUCAUGAAAGACUGCAAUUUCGAGAAUACUGAGCUUGAUGCACUCUGGGAUCAGUUCCGCUGUUUGGCUAAUUAUGAGUGGGCGAACGACCCGAACAAGUUGCAUAUGGCCAUCGAUCGCAAAACAUUCGACCGAUGCUUUGUGCCUAAUACUUCUAUCCGGCCGCCGCCUCCCAGUCUCAUUUACGACCGAAUGUUCGCAUUCUAUGACACUAAUGGAGACAACCUCAUCGGGUUUGAAGAAUUCCUGAAGGGCUUAGCUAGUCUCAACAAUAAGAGCAAUGACGAACGGCUGCGACGUGUGUUCCGUGGCUACGACAUCGAUGGGGAUGGCUUCGUCGAACGCAAGGACUUCCUUCGUGUUUUCAGGGCAUACUAUGCGCUGAGCCGGGAGCUUACAAAGGACAUGGUUGCUGGCAUGGAGGAUGACUUCUUAGAGGGUGGAGCCCGUGAUGUGGUUCUCGGUAGCCAGCCUAUCAGCUCUGCAUUCCCUGGCAGCAUCCCUUCUGGUGAACGUUCUCGUACAGGCGAAGGAAAGCACAUGAAUUCCGAAGGGGACAUGGAAAUCGUCGACAAUGAAGGAAUCUUGCGACAAGACGGAGAUGACACUGGUGAUCGACAUUUGGUCGUGGGUGAUGCUGCGGUCAGAUCACAGUUUAGCCGAAUGAGGCCAUUGUUCCCAUCUACACUACGCCUGGCACCCACCGAGACCACUCCUCGACCGUCGGAUGUCAUGGAAGGUAACCAAAAUGACAACGAAGAAGACGAAGAUGGUGCUAGCGAGACUAGUGGAUCAGACCAAUCUAGCUCGUCGGUGGCCAGUGGCAUCUGGCCCCCAGCAGAACACAUCCUCGAAGAAGAUAUCAUCGAGGCCCUUGGGUCCUAUAUUCCCGCUCGAGAAAUCACGGAUCCAAUUGAUCGGGCUCGCGUGGCGGAUGCCGUUUAUCACAGAAUGCGCGAAGAUGACCAGAGACGUGUGUUUGACGCGCGUCAGCGUGGAAUCGACGAGCGUUGGAGGCGCCGGGCUUUCUAUACGGAUGAAGAAGAUGGCGCCACUGUCCCCGAAGGGUACGAAAGGGAUCCAGCCAUCGAUGACUCCAGCGAUGAAGACCUAGAUGAAUCCGAAUCUCGCCCACCCUCUUUCCGGUCGCGAUCCUCGUCCAAAGUGCGAUUCCAGGAUGAUCUCAAUGACGACGAGUACGACGUUCGGUCUAACCCGUCAACCUCGUCACGGAGUAUUCCUGUUAGCGAGCGAUGGGGUGGCUUUGAAAUCCCAGAGAUCGAGAGGGACGUUGGGAAAGAAAUCUUGUAUCAAGUCACACAACAGGGAUUCAACGAGCUUCUAGAUAUUCUAUUCAAACCGAAAGAGGACCUUCUGAUGGAAGUCUAUCGCACGCGAGCUGACCGCAAGAUCUGGGCCCACGAAAUUGAACUCGCAGGAAAAGAGGACCCCUCAAAACGCGCCGCACCUGAGAAUGCUCCAGUUGAAGAGGAACUCGAGGAAAUUAUCAACGAUCGACCACUUGAUGAUCUAUUGCAGCGUGCUGGUUACGGAAUUCAGAGCCCAGUUUUGGCACCUUCCAAUACCGGGGCGGUAGCUCCUUCGUCGCCGGGACCCACCGCUUCGGAUGAUGAUGGCGACGAAGAUGAAUAUGAAGAAGACGAUGAUGACGACGUGCGACCAGUUCAUCUCACCGAUCCCGGAGAAGAUACUAGAUUUGGGCAAGUGCGGCCCUUUGAGGAAUCCGACACAGCAUCCGCCACUUCGUCUGAUUAUGACGAUGAUAUCGCUACUUCUCAAGCAUCUGGUGCGGAGCCAUCCAGCCCGAUUGUUGAAAACGAUACACUUUACUACGAUCCAACCCUCCCACAGCACCGUCCUGACGAGCCAUUCACGAUGGCCCCGGAAGUGAUCGAUGAAUCCGACUCCGACCUCGAAGAAUCCCCAAUUACAAACACAAACCCUGAUCUCCCUCCUCAGUUCCGACUCCAGCCCGGGACCACCUCUCUUCCCGCCCCAUCUUCUCCCCACUCCUCCCCAGAAGCCGAAGCCACGGCGCCUAAGCUUCCUCCCUCCCCUAUGCAACCACUCCCACCCCCUCACCGUGUCAAUGGCCAGCCUCGUGAGACUCCUGCCCCACGCCGACCUUCGCCCCGAACUCUAGCCCGUUGGGUCUAUUUAGACCAGGUAGAACGUGAGAACAAGGAACGUGGCAACGGUGCGAGACUGAACUUUGAAGAGUUCUCGCGCCGUAUGGCUGCUGAUCGGGGACGCCGACUGGCAUUUGUGGCCAGUUGGAUUGAGAUGGCUAGCUUUUGA